GACGUCAAAUGAGCCUCAUCCGUUUUGGUCACUCGCGGCAGUAAACAUGGCGACAGGCUAAUGCAAUCGUUCAUUCAGACUGGAUUGAUAUCUUUCUCAGAGUUGAAACAACACGUUUUCCUUUCGUUUUGGUGCCCACAGGUUCGACUGUAGGGCGUUCCGCUCUGCAACUUUUUCUUGAAUAAAAAGGGUGAAGGAGACGAACCAGCACAAUGGGGCGACGUUCAACCUCCUCCACCAAGAGUGGGAAGUUCAUGAACCCCACCGACCAGGCCAGAAAGGAGGCCAGGAAGAGGGAGUUAAAAAAGAACAAGAAGCAGAGAAUGAUGGUGAGGGCGGCGGUGCUGAAGAUGAAGGACCCCAGACAGAUCAUCAGAGACAUGGAGAAGCUGGAUGAGAUGGAGUUUAACCCAGUCCAGCAGCCCCUGCUGAAUGAGAAAGUGUUGAGGGACAAGAGGAAGAAGCUACGCGAGACGUUUGAGCGCAUAGUCCGCCUGUACGAGAGAGAGAACCCCGACACUUACAAGGAGCUACGUAAACUGGAAUUGGACUAUGAGACCAAACGAGGGCAACUGGCUCUGUAUUUUGAUUCAGUCAAGAAUGCAGAGUCAGUGGAGGUUGACAGUAUCCCUUUGCCAGAUAUGCCACAUGCCCCCUCCAACAUCCACAUCCAGGACAUCCCUCUACCAGGGGCGCAGCCUCCCUCCAUACUAAAGAAGAGCACCGCAUUUGGUAAAGGACCCCUGUCAGCAUCCUCUGGACCGGUUUUGGCAACAGUGCCAGGUGUGCCGCGUUUACCUCCAGGGAAGAAGCCUCCUGGGCCCCCACCUGGACCCCCACCUCCACAGGUCCUGGCAUUAUACGGCAUUCCUUCUCGACGAGCUUAUGGCACAGAUGCAGAGCCCACCAUUCCUGGUCUGGAAAAGGAGACCGCCAUGGACUUGGGAAGAGAUCGUGACAGUGGCAGUGACAGUGACAGAGAUCGGGAUGAUGUGGAUGAUGACGAAAGCGACUCUGAAGAGGACAGUGAAGAAGAGAGAGAUGAGGGCAUGGAUGGUGAUCAGAGAAUGAGUGUUGACAGGCAGGAUGACGAGAGGGACAGAGAUGAGGAGAGAGACAGAAGUGACAGGCAUGCAGGUCGCAGCGUACGUUUCGCCGACAUGACUCCAGAGGCACCGCGUGAAGGAAAGCGCAAGAAAAAGAGGCUGGUCAAGAGGACCAAGGCCAUCACCCCUCUGCAGGCCAUGAUGUUAAGGAUGGCAGGUCAGUCUGUUCCUGAAGAGGAGGAAGAAGAAGAGGUAGAGGAGGAAUACACAGAUGAAUCAGACAGCUCAGACGUCGAGGACAGGGGGCCACCAGGGGACAGCCAGCCCCACCUUAUACCGAAUCAGCGUCUGCCGCCACCUGCUGGGCCAGUGGGACAGCAAGGGCCGCCACACUUGCAAGGCCCACCGAUGACUGGGCCUCCACCUCUGGGUCCACCCCCAGCUCCUCCAAUGAGGCCACCUGGUCCACCCUCGGGCCCACCUCCCGGCCCACCACCAGGUGCUCCUCCAUUCUUGAGGCCUCCUGGUAUGCCUGGAGGCAUGAGGGGUCCAAUGCCUCGACUUCUGCCUCCUGGACCUCCACCGGGUAGACCCCCAGGUCCUCCACCAGGCCCUCCUCCAGGCCUCCCACCAGGCCCACCACCACGAGGACCCCCUCCCAGAUUACCGCCCCCAGCACCACCAGGUAUACCACCUCCCCCCCCAAGAGCCGGAGGGCCCCCGCGUCCACUCGCCCCACCACUGUCCCUCUUUCCUCCACCUCUCAACUCCAAUGUGCUCAGUGCUCCUCCCAACAUUGUCCAGCGCCAAAAAGGCGCAGGAUCCAACCAGGAUGGUCCACAGAGCAACAUGCCUCCUCCAGCCAUGCCCAUGCCCAUGCGACCUGGUGUCAUGCAGAUGCCUCCGCCCCCAGGGACAGCUGCCGCUGCCACAGGCCCAAAUGCAGGCAACAACCCACCAGGCCACCACCACACAGCCACCAUCGAAAAGCGAGCAAACAUCACCUCUGUUGCAGCAGCUGGAGGCGGCCUGGCAGCAGGUGCCGGCUCUGGUGGUGCCACCAUCUCUGCCAAACCUCAGAUUAUCAAUCCAAAGGCGGAGGUCACCCGCUUCGUGCCCACAGCACUGAGGGUGCGCAGAGACAAGAGCGGAGCAAUGCCCGGGGCAGCACCUGGGCCUCUGGAGAAAGCAGUGGGGGGAGCUGGAGGAAGGAGGGGUGAUGAAGGUAUGGGAGCUGGACAGGGGCAGAAACAGCAGGCGGCAGCUGCUCAGAUGGGAUUGGUCAACCCAGUCCAGAUGGGUGCUGUGUCUCAGUCUAACAUGAAGACUAAGGACCAGGUUUAUGAAGCCUUUAUGAGGGAGAUGGAGGGACUCCUCUGAGACUCGAGAGGGAGCUGGGGGACGAUAGGAGUGUAUUUGUUUUGUGGGUUUUUUUUGUGCAGAGUUAUAGAGGUAGCUUUCUUCAAGGCUGUCAGCAAGAUGUCCUCAGUAACAAAGGAAAAACUGCUACACUCUCAUCAAACUCAUCUUCAUCUGAUCUGGACUUUUAUUUGUCGUAUCAAAGAGAAUGUGAAUUUGAUGUACGUGAGAAAUCAGAUUCUAUAUAAUUGGAAAAAAAUGUUAGGUUCCUAAAGAACACUAUUCUCUGCACUGGAAAAAAAAAAAAACGUGCUCUUUGUCUCCAUUUUGUUCCGUCUUUUUUCUCCAGCCAGCUAUUUGUGAAUUUUCUUUUUUUGUAUGAUUUUAUGACUGACUAUUUUAUCGGUUACCUGCUAAACCUGUAUGACAUAAAAAUUUGAAGUGGUUAGUGUUUGUUAACCACUGACAAAAUACAUGUCUGAAAGUGUUUUCUGCAGCAUAAUAAACGCGUCAUAAACUGUUUUCA